GGGAAUAGUCCAGAUCCUCUCAUGUUCCUGAGGCACACUGAACUCUACAUAGCAGCCAAGGCAGAGCCCAUCCUAACAACUUUUAUUUUCUACAAAUAUAUGGACUUGGCUUGGUAAAAUACCUGGAAAUGGCAGGGACAAGAUUUCAGCUGGUGUGUUUGAUGCUUCUUGCCUUCACCUGCACUGGGAUGUGCUCAGAUUCAGAAGAGGAUAUGAAAGCUCUAGAAACAGACGUUCUGAGCAAUAUAUACUCAUCCAAGGUGAAUAAAGCAAGACUCUCAUAUUGGAAAAUGACUCUUCUAAAUGUGUGUGGUAUAAUAAACAAUUUAAAUAACCAAGCUGAAGAACCAGAAGAAAAUGGUGAAGAUGAGCUUCUUUUAAGAAAACAAUACCCUAUGGAUGGUUUCAAUUUGGAAGCAAUGCUGACAAUAGUCCAACUUCAGAAGAUUUGCCAAAGCAGAGUCCUGCAGCACUGGGAGUUAAUGCAACCAGAUUACUUAGAACCUAACAGCCCAAGCAAUGAAAAGGAUGAACUCAUAAAGAGGAAAACACCUUAUAUUUUUAAAAGACAAACAUAUGCAAGCAAAGCAAGAAGACCCUACAUACUUAAAAGAGGAUCUUAUUACUAAAAUAUAUAACACAUGAAAAUGAUGUAUUUAAUUUAUAAGUAAAUGUGAUUUAUGGUUAUUUUGUUUACAAUUAAAAAUAUAUUUGUGUGAUUAAUAUAUUGGAAAAAUAUUGUCAUUCAUAUCAAGUAAAUCUGUUUUUAUUCA